UCGUGUCUGAGCGCUCAUUCCGGACUUCCUCCUCCUCCCUGAGUCCCUCCACCCAGACGCACAGAACCGCGGACCAAAAGCCUGGGGCCCCGGGACACGCACCGACCGCGUCCACCUCCACCUCCACAGACACUCCCGGGAGAGACAGCGGCACCAGCGGAGCAGCGCAGCCGGACACAACAGCUCGUGAGCGGUGCAUUAUGGGAAGAGUCCAGCCCUGAACCAGAUCUGAGAGACUUUUGGACCAAACCGAGUGACAAUCUUCACACCAGGUCAUAGAGGUCACGUAGAGGUCACGUAGCGGUCACGUAGAGGUCACAGAGGGGUCACAGAGGGGUCAGAGUUCACGUGAUGCAGACCGUUAAGUGUGUGGUGGUGGGAGAUGGAGCUGUGGGGAAAACAUGUUUGCUCAUCUCCUACACGACCGGAGCUUUCCCCAACGAGUACAUCCCCACGGUAUUUGACAACUACAGCAGCCAGGUGACAGUGGACGGUCGGACUCUGAGUCUGAACCUGUGGGACACCGCGGGGCAGGAGGAGUACGACAGACUCCGGACCCUCUCGUAUCCACAGACAAAUGUCUUCAUCAUCUGUUUCUCCAUCUCCAGCCCGGCGUCCUACGAGAACGUCCUGCUCAAGUGGCACCCCGAGGUGCAUCACCACUGCCCCGGCGUUCCCAUCAUCCUGGUGGGGACCAAGAGGGAUCUUCGUGAGGACCCAGAGAUCCUGAAGAAGCUGAAGGAGACAAACGCAACUCCAGUGUCCUACAGCAGCGGACAGUCUCUGGCUAAACAGAUCCACGCCGUGAAGUACCUGGAGUGCUCCGCUCUGAACCAGGACGGCAUCAAGGAGGUGUUCAGCGAUGCCGUGAGAGCUUACCUCAACCCACAGCCCCCUCCUUCAAAGAAGCCCUGCACGCUACUGUAGGACCAACCGGACUGGGUUAGGUCUGGUUUAGUCCAGGUUUUGUCUCGGUCUAGUCCUUGCCUAGACCUGUUGCUGGCUGCUUGACCCUGGUUUAGUCCAAGUUAGUGCCGGUUUAAUCCUGGUAUUUUAUUCUCAAGUAAAAAUUCUAUUUAAAAUACAAGAUCAGCCUCUUUCUGUUGUAGAAUACUAUAAGUCAUGGGCCUUGAACAAGGGACACAGACAAAAAUAAAAGUUAUUUAUUACAAAUGGAACGCAAUUUAUAUUUGUUAACAAAAAAAGUAAAGUGGAAUUAUAAAAUAAUGAUCCUGUACUUACCAAUGGGGACAAUGAAGUGUAUUUAACUUUACUCCAGUGUUAAAAUUAUUUUGUGAAAAUGCUUCUUGUCUGCCUUUAGUCUUGUCUGAAAAUAAUCUAAUUUCUGAUUUUUAGUAAAUGAAACCGGUUAGACAAAUACAUUAAAACUUACUAAAUAAUUUGUGAAUAUUAUUCAGUAAAUAAAACUAUGUUAGAAACACGGCCCUCUUCAGGAGGUUACAUUUUGAGUAUUUUUCCUAUAGUUUAGUUUCUCUGUUCUGUACUCUGAAGGUUUGGUCUCAGACUCGUCUGGGUCUGAAGUAGUUCUGCUUAAAUCUGUUAUUUUCCAGUAUGCGGAAAGGAGAGGAACACAACACAAAUGAAACCAGGAUUUAACCGGUACCAAAUUAGGACUUUUUUAAAACACAAAGUGAUAUAUAUAUAUAUAAAUAUAUAUAUUUAGAGGUUCAUGUUUGUUUGUGUAUUUAACAUAUUCAUGUCAUGUUUGUCAUAAUAAAUACAAUAAUGUGAUUCACUCA